AUGGCGGUGGCACCCAGCAGGAGGCUGCAGCGCUGCCUGCUGCUCCUGGCCGUCACCUGGGGCGCCACUUUUGUCCCCUCGCCAGCCCAGGCUUUGCAGAGGAUCGCCCUGCGGAGGAUGCCCUCCAUCCGCCAGACGCUGCAGGAGAUGGGGGUGAAGGUGCGGGAGGUGUUCCCGGAGCUGCGCCGGGCCACGCGCGGAGGAGGGGACGGUCCCCGCAACGGGACAGCUCCCACGCUGCUCACCAACUACCUGGAUACCCAAUAUUUCGGCGAGAUCAGCAUCGGGACCCCCGCGCAGACCUUCAAGGUGGUCUUUGACACGGGCUCGGCCAACCUGUGGGUGCCAUCCUACAAGUGCUCCCCACUCUACAGCGCCUGUGUGUCCCACAGCCGCUACGACUCCUCCAAGUCGCGCACCUACAUCGCCAACGGCACCGGCUUCGCCAUCCGCUACGGCACCGGCAGCGUCAAAGGCGUCCUCAGCCAGGACAUCGUCAUGGUGUCGGACAUCCCGAUCAUCCAGGUGUUCGCCGAGGCCACGGCUCUGCCCGCCUUCCCCUUCAUCUUCGCCAGGUUUGACGGCGUGCUGGGCAUGGGCUACCCCAGCCAGGCCAUCGACGGCAUCACGCCCGUCUUCGACCGCAUCCUGGCGCAGCAGAUCCUCCAGGAGGACGCGUUCUCCGUCUACUACAGCCGAGCUUCCAGGAAUGCUCCCCUGAAUCCCGGCGGGGAAAUCAUCCUGGGAGGCAGCGACCCGGCCUAUUACACCGGCGACUUCCACUACCUGAACGUCAGCAGGAGCGGCUUCUGGCAGAUCCGCAUGAAGGGGGUGUCUGUAGGGGCUGAGAUCCUGUUCUGCAGGGAAGGCUGCUCGGUGGCCGUGGACACCGGGGCCUCCUACAUCACCGGCCCCGCCGGCCCCGUGUCCGUGCUCAUGAAAGCCAUCGGGGCCACCGAGGUGGCCGAGGGAGAGUACGUGGUGGACUGCGAGCAGGUGCCUCAGCUGCCCAACAUCUCCUUCCACCUGGGAGGGAAGGUUUAUGGCCUCAGCGGCCCGGCCUACGUGCUGCGGCAAUCCCAGUACGGCGAGGAUGUCUGCGUGGUGGCUUUCUCCGGGCUGGACAUCCCCCCUCCGGCCGGUCCCCUCUGGAUCCUGGGUGCCACCUUCAUCGGUCACUACUACACCAAAUUCGACCGGCGCCACAACCGCAUCGGCUUCGCCACCGCCCGCUGAGGGCCGGGGGGCCGCGGGGGCCGGGCUGGGUGUGGGGAACCAGCCCGGAGGCUGCAGGAGCCGCGGGAAGCAGCGAGAGAACAGCAGCUCCCUUCCAGCUCUGCCACCUCCUCUCCAAAGCUCGCUGCUCCCGCUCCCAAACCCCCGCGCUAUUCCCGGGAGCCGAGCCUGGAGCGGGGCUGCGAAUCCCAGCGGGAUCCUGCGGCCGGAGCGGCCCCUCCGGGCGCUUUUAGGGCGAUGUGCGAUGGCAGGAGCAGCGCACGGGGACUUGCUGCUGAGAGACACUCUGGGACUGUUCGCGUUGUUCCUAAAUUGGGGGCAAUAAUCGGUGUUUAAGGAUGGUUUUAGCCGGUGUCAGCCCUGCCCCUCUUUGUGAGUUUUAUAUUAAACGAUUUAAAGCACCA